UUAAAAAUUUUACUUGGCCCACUUGCAACAAUGAAACGGAAAAUUGAAUAAAUAGGAAAUUUUGUGUUUCAUUCUUUUGCAAAAAAAUUCAAAAUGAAUUUUUCUGAAACUAUUGCUAACGAUACUGAUGGGUGGACAUCUUCAAACAAGUUUGACAAUUCCAGGCGUAUUAGAUGGUUCGAAUUUUUGUGAUUCGAAAUCGAAAAAAUCCGGCAAAAUCGAGGAUAUUUUUAUGAAUGAUAAAAAAAUGAUGAAACUAUCAUCUAUAUUAGAUGAUCGAUUUAUAUCAUCAGUUGGUCGUUUACUUCCCAAACAAAAUCUGGAAAAUUUUCCCGAUGGCAUAGUUGAUAAAGAUUUUGUAUCGAAAAUAAAGUCAAGUGAUGGCCAAUUGAAGAAAUUGACAAUUUCAUCACAACUUCCAUUAAAAUUAUCAAUAAAAAAUUUUCGUAAUAUCGAAGAUUUUACUACUUCGGAACAAGAAAAUAGCUAAUAAAUGUGCUUUAUGUGUUAAUAAAUGAAUUAUAAAUUUA